UAGGUAAAAAAUAAGAGCCAAAAAGUUUUUUAUGGAAGGUUUGUUCCCAAUUUUUCAUGGAAAAGUUACAAAAACCUCUCUAAAUCAAGUAAUGAAAAUUGUGUUGACUUGCUGUUUCCCUUUUCCUUUGUUUAAUUUUCUAUCUUAUGCACAAAAAGCACUUUGUCAGGUUUAGGCUCAUUUUAGCUCGAAAUACCUGCUUUGGUCUCCACAAACACGGCUGGAGUUGUCCUGACUUCAACACACAGCACGCUGAGCUGCCCUGGUCAGAAAAUACCCAGUGGUUCCACAUUUAGAAAUGUUAACACUCAGUCUUGAACUGCGGUCACUGGCUUGGCAGCCUUCUCCCUUCUGUAACUCCACCCCAGCACCUCCCAGUUUCAAGAGCUUACAUCACCCUGACACUGAAUAUGAAACCUGUGACAUCUCAACACUGAGACAAAUUCACCACACUGACAGCACUCUGCGCCUGACCUCAGCUGUCUCAUCAUUACAAUGAUCCCCACCAUGACUGUGAGGAUGACACUUGUGUUGCUCUUGCUGUGUUUAGGAUUUGUUCACUUCACCUUUCCAUCAACCCGUCUACGACAUUUUAGUUUUGCUGAAGAUAAAGAAAAAUGGGGUGAUUCAUUGACAAGAUGUAAGCAGAAAAAUGAAUCAGCUGUAACUCUGUAUGAUGACGAGGACGCCAAGUUCACAGCCAAUUUUACAUAUACGGAAACUGUUUGGCUUGGUCUGCGUAAGGUGCGAAAUAUCACUUGGUCAAACGGUAGACCUUUCACAUUCAAUAAAUCAUCUGUGGAUGUGACAAACGGGACGCAAAGGUGUCAAGCUAUUGAGAGAAAUACAUGGAAAGAUUAUAACUGUUCAAGGCUGGAAUAUUUCAUGUGUGAGCUGUUUUGGGGUCCCAACAUUACUAAUUACACCCUGGUUGGAAUCAAGAAGACCUGGUGUCAGGCCCGGGAACACUGCAGAAAUCUCCACGGUGAUUUGGUCAGCAUCAGUAAUGAUGUACAAAAUAACCAAGUGAUUGAAAAGGGAAAUAACGGAAGCUUUUGGAUUGGACUCAUGCACGAUGAAUGGGAGUGGGAAGACAAAGGCUGCUCUUCAUUCAGAAAAUGGACUGAGGAACAGCCUGGCAACUGCACAGUACAUCCUACUUACAAGCUAGCUCCAGAAAUGCAAAGAUUUGAUUGUAUGUCAAAUGCAAACCUCUUUUGUUCCAGAGGUCAUGUGAGAAUCAAAGUCAUUAAAAUAGAAUCUACUUGGGAACAGGCCUUUGACUACUGCAAGGCCAAACACACACGCCUGCUGUGGAUUGAGAACGUCGAAGAUCAGAAUGCUGUUGUACAGUGGCUGAAUCACACCCAGGCAGACGGUCCACUCUGGAUCGGUCUGAGGCAGAGUCGUGUCUUCGGAUUCUGGAUUUGGACAAGCGACAGGGUGGUGGGCUACAGCAACUGGAAGGAUAACACACAGCCCGAGCUGCCCUUGUCCAACCACUGUGGCGUCAUCAAGAAAAGUGACAACUACACUUGGAGCGAUGAGAACUGUUUGGUUCCGCUGCAUUUUCUUUGUGAGGAGGAGAUUUACUUCAUGGAUGACUAGUUUGUAGUUACAAAGCUUUUUUAGUGAUAGAUUAGGUUUUGGUGGAAUAUCUAUGCAAGGUCGGUGCCUGAUCACAGAGAUGAGUCAGCCACAUAACCAAAGAUUUGAAUUUACUGCUCUGAUUCCUAAUUGACUUUCUUUGCUAACAAUACAGUGGCUCUAAUGAAGUGUUUAUAUGUUGUUUUAUUGAAUUAUAUUAUGUAAUUUUUAUAUUCUGUUUUUUUUUUUUUAAUUAUAAGUCCAGAAAUGCAUAUUAUUCAAUGUUGAAAUGAAAGUGUAAACAUGUAAUAAUAUGUUAGAAAUGAAGUCACUUAUCUGGUGGUGACAUGUUGUAAUGGCUCUCUUUCUCCUGUUGAUGUUUUGUGGGUGACAUAACUCUCAUUCCCCAUGUGCCACUCAAAUCAAUCCAAUCAAUCCAUUUGAGCUCAUGUUUGUAUAUUUGUUUCUAUGACGUCCCACUUGGGGGCCACGUCCCACUUUGUGAUAAUUCAACUUAUCCUGCUUUUCUAUUUACACAUAUAACGUUUAAGUUUUUCAUGUAUCACUGUAGAGUGAUUCUGUGUUUGUUUGCAUUUACAGUGAAUAAAUCAAUAAUUAUGA